GAUGAAGCCAAGUGCCUCGAAGAUUUCAAGAAGUUGAGUCUUUCCAGCCAUGAGAUAGAGCCGCUGCUAGAACUGAGGUGCUGUUUAAUUCUACUCUUACCUAGUAUAGAACAACUUGGAAGUUAAUCCUCCUUGAGCAGAGAGUUGGACUAGAUGACCUCCAGAAGUCUCCUCCAAGGGCAGCUUACCAGAAUCCAGAUGGCUCUCCUGCACAGGCGACUGGGAUUUUCCUUAACCCAUCUGAGCAACGCAGUCAUCCAGCGACACUUCAGUGUCAGUGGAGCAUGCCGAGCAAUACAGAAACUUACUCGUGUGCGAGUGGUGGACAACAGUGCCUUGGGAAACGCACCUUACCAUCGGCCACCAAAGUGUAUCCACGUCUAUAACAAGACUGGAGUUGGCAAAGUAGGAGAUAAGAUCCUUCUGGCUAUCAAAGGAGAAAAGAAGAAGGCUUUGAUUGUAGGACACAAGAUGCCUGGUCCUCACAUGACACCUAGGUUUGAUUCCAACAACGUGGUUCUCAUAGAAGACAAUGGAAAUCCAUUAGGAACUAGAAUAAAAACACCCAUACCUUAUAUCCUGCGGCAGAGAGAAGGAGAGUUCUCCAAAGUUUUGGCCAUUGCCCGCAACUUUGUAUGAGAGCUAAGAGAGAUUUCUGGCAAUCCUGGUCGUAUCCUUUCCUAUAGUACCUAUUGCUCAGUCCUUUUCUAGAAAAAGCUGGAACACGCAGAAGUUGAGGUUCAUUAAGAAUCUCUCUUCCUGUUUAUGAAGUACAAACAGCUAAUUUAAAUACUGAAAUGCCUUGUUUUUCUCCAGAAGAGAAAACAGCGUGUUUGGGAUGUGGUCCUGUACACACACUGCUCUGAUGGUGUUACUUUGGUCUUAGCUUAUUAAAGAACAUGAAAAUCCUUA